GCCAAGUGGAAUUCCAUGCUGCUUUCAGACGCCUAAAACCCGAACUGCCUAAACAAGUUGCUGUGUCCAAACUGCGUAACGCUCCGACUAUGUUCGUGGCACGGAGUAUCGCUGCAGAUCACAAAGAUUUGAUCCACGAUGUAUCGUUUGAUUUCCAUGGCAGGAGGAUGGCUACAUGUUCCAGCGACCAGAGUGUGAAAGUUUGGGACAAAAGUGAAAAUGGCAAUUGGCAUUGUACUGCAAGCUGGAAGACCCACAGUGGUUCAGUAUGGCGGGUUACAUGGGCUCACCCAGAAUUUGGCCAAGUAUUAGCGUCUUGCUCAUUUGACAGAACUGCUGCAGUGUGGGAAGAAAUAGUUGGUGAAUCAAAUGAUAAGCUGCGUGGACAGAGUCAUUGGGUAAAAAGAACAACACUAGUUGACAGUAGGACAUCUGUAACCGAUGUAAAGUUUGCUCCAAAACACAUGGGUCUGAUGUUGGCGACCUGCUCUGCAGAUGGAGUGGUGCGAAUAUAUGAGGCUCCUGAUGUUAUGAACCUUAGCCAGUGGUCCCUGCAGCAUGAAAUCUCUUGCAAGCUGAGCUGCAGUUGUAUCUCCUGGAAUCCCUCAAGCUCCCGGGCCCAUUCUCCUAUGAUUGCUGUAGGCAGUGACGACAGUAGCCCAAAUAUCAUGGGAAAAGUACAGAUCUAUGAAUAUAAUGAGAACACAAGAAAGUAUGCAAAAGCAGAAACUUUAAUGUCUGUAUCUGACCCUGUUCAUGAUAUUGCAUUUGCACCAAACUUGGGGAGAUCUUUUCACAUACUGGCUGUGGCAACCAAAGAUGUCCGGAUUUUUACCAUGAAGCCUUUAAGGAAGGAAUUAAGCUCUUCUGGAGGGGUGACAAAAUUUGAAAACCACACAGUAGCUCAGUUUGAUAACCACAACUCCCAAGUAUGGAGAGUAAGUUGGAACAUAACUGGCACAGUCUUGGCCUCAUCUGGUGACGAUGGUACUGUUAGACUGUGGAAGGCAAAUUAUAUGGACAAUUGGAAGUGCAUUGGUGUUCUCAAAGGAGAUGGCAACCCAGUUGGUAAUUCUUUCCAAGGCAUUUUUGGAUCCUCUAUUGGUUCAGCGAGUCAUGGUCUACAGAAUUCUGUAAAUGGAACAUCAACUUCUGGCAGAAAGCACAGCUGAUACCAAGCUAACUGGAGUAACUUUGCUGUUUUGCUGCUUGUUGCAUGCACAGGAAUGGAUGCCGAACUCCUUUCCCCCUUCCCCACCGCAGUCUGAAUCAUCCCAAGAUACACGGGCAGCCUGCUUACUUCUAGAUGCAGACCAAAAGACCCUUUUCUGUAUGUUUAUAUUUAUGUUUAGAGAAAAGAGUUCUCAAAGUUUAGAUAAUUUCUUUGUAAAUUCAUCUGGUCAAAUUCCUUACUAGAAAGCAGGAGAAUGUUUUUUGUUUUUUCAGUUGCCAGUGACAAUUGGUUUUGAGCCAUCAACAUGCUGGAUAUAUACUCACUGAGAAUCUGUUUCAUCAAGUUACAUAAUUAUGUAGAUAUUAUUGUUGGACAUUUUGGCUGCAGAUUUAACGAUCAGUAUUUGUAAAUAAGUUAAAUAAUGGAAUAAAAGUAGCAUACAUCCAUUGGCUUUAAUGGUUUAAACUGAUAUGUAAACAAUCGUUUAAAGAAGUUCAUAGGGGAAAAACAUUUGAGGGGACUUUGUUUCACUAAUUAAAAAAAAAGCUUUUUUUUAAAUUGAAAGUUUUUUUGUUACUUUUUCUAUAUUGCUUUGCAAAAAGACAGAUUAUUCCUAUUUUAAAAAAUAAUGUACACAUUUAUAAAUUCAUGCUACUGUAAUCCCACAUUUCUCUUUACAUGUUAGAGAUACUGACACCAGAAAAUAAUCUUUUUUUUUUUAUAUCCAUCAUAACAUUAUCAUUGAAUACUAUUUAUAAUUUUGCCAUAAAAGCAUUCGUCUGAUGCUUUUAUAUUGCCUUUCUUACCCCCAUGUUCCUCGAUGAGGGGGCUGCCAUAUCUGUGCAGCAGUAGUCGGUUAACAUUAGAAACUCUGACAGGCUGAGAAGGGACAGUCAGGUUUAGGAACUUCAAGUAACAGUUACUUACAAAAGCAGAACUAUCCGCAAAAAAUAAUCAGAAAGAACUAUAGGUAACUUUUAAUGUAGAUUAAUAUUUUGAAAAAAAAUGUUUGUGUCGGUAUCACUUUAAGUCUUUACUAAGUGUUACAGGACACUGAUAACUUUGUGCUGUGCUAUAAAACUUGGCUUAGUCCCAAGCUUGAUGCUGGAGCCUUUAUCAAAGACCAUUCUAUUGGCACUGGGUUGUCCUGUUGAUGGUGCUUAUAGUUGUAACUGAAGGGUCACUUAUAUUAUGAACUGGGAUAGCCUAACAGCAGACACAUAGAACUGACAGUACAGCUUUCGGUUACAGUAUGAUUGUAUCUAAUGCACGAAGCUAUGGAUAGAUCUAAUUAGUUCUGUGUGUCUAUACCUUGAAAAGAACCUGUCACAAUUUUUUGCCUCACCUUGUGCAGGACCUGGGCAACGCCAAACAACUGCUGAUGGGUUCAGAACCUUAUACCCAAUAACUUUGAUGCAGGGCAUGGCCUACUUGGUAUACCCGAGAUAAGUAGCACCAUUUCACUGUAUUCUUGUAUCAGCUCCAUUGAGCACUUCUAUCUGAAAACUAGGGUCAUGUCAACAUAAAUUUGUCUCCAUGUAAGACCGUUUCACAAAUUUGUGUGCUUUAAGUGGCUAGAACUUUUUUUCCCCUCAAAACUGGCAUUGACAUUGCAAGGUCAGGGACAAAACAGUAGGGUCAAUUAUUUUGGGGGUAUCUUGAGUAGUUACAGAAUCAUAGCAGGAGAACUUAAAGGGGCAUAGCAUAUUCCUAUGGCAUUAGCUGCUGUGUUCGGCAUCUGACUCCAAAUAUAUCUGUUGAACACUGGUGCUAUUCGUUCUGUCUGUCUGAGGAAGUUGAUGCCCCCAGAAAGUUGUAUCUUGCAGUGACUUAUAAAACCUAACCAUGUACUACAUGUAGCAUUUCUUGCAGCAAAACUCGCGUCUCAAUAGGAGGCAACUAUUAAUAACCUGCAUCCUAUAGCAGCUACUAAUCUUAGCCUAACAAAAACCUGAUAUUAAUGACAAUGCAGUAUUAAGCUAUAGACUGCAUCAGACCUGCUAGAGUUCUACCCUAACAGUAGCCUUUUUCUAACCCUUUCACCAAGUGUUUGACUGUUAGGCCAGGGUCUACACACUGGAGCUUUUAGCAGGUAAAAAAAAUGUGGAUUUUUUCAGAAACUACCACUAUGACCGUUACAAAUGGGGAAAAUACAAUGGGGUCAGUUGCAAAAGUAGACGUCAUUUUGGUACACCGUUUAAAUAAAGCUUAUUUCUGUUCCUUUGUGCCUUUCUAAAUUUUAUUCUUCAGUUCUUUCAUUCACUACACUUUUUUUCUUUUCCUUUCUCCUUGUCCUGCUUUUUGUUCCUAUCCCCUGUUUCAGGUAUUCCUUUCACCCAGUGGAAAACUCAAAGGCUGGAUCAAGAUGGUCCAGCUAUGCCCAGUUUAUCCCUCCACCUCCACUGAUAGAGCACCCUUGUGAUGCUGACCCUACGAACCUUACUUGUUCAAACCCUCGCAGACGAUACAACUCCCCAGCUCUUAACCCCUUAUCUGAAAACCAAGGAAAAUAAAUACUGUUGUUGCCUUGUUUUUCUAAUUGAUCUGUUGCAUAUUUUUCAUUUUAAUACUGCUUAUAGACUUGAUGUAGGCUUAAGAAAUUCAUGCCAGAAUUCUCCUUGAAGUAUGCAACCUGCUGUGACUUGGCAGCAAAUAUGAUAAUGGUAAAGUGCCUAAGUAGCCUUAAAAAAAA